CCCGCGCUGUCCGCCCGCUCGUCCCGCCCGGCCCGGCCGCGCCGCCAGCCCGGCCCCUCCCGGGGAGCUGCCGCACCGCCGCCGCCCGAACACCGGCCGACCCAGCAAUAAGUAAACAUGAAUGAGGUGGUGGAGACCCUGAGAAAGAUCGAGGAGAAAUACAAGCUCUUCCAGCAGCAGCAGUUCACGUUUAUCAGAGCUCUGGAGCGCAGCCGGGAGGAAGCCCACGAUUUAAUCAGACCUGUGUCAUCCAUUGUCCAGGUGCAGUGCUACAAGGACCACCACUGCUACAACUCCACGGACAGGCGCAUCCUCAACAUGUUCAUCUCCAUCUGCAACGACCUCCGCUGCCUGUGCCACAGGAUGGAAACGGUGCAUCCUGGGGACAGCGUCACCAACGGCCUUUUGGAGAAGUGCAAAGUGCUCCUUAACGACAGCAACGACCUCAGUGCCCUUCGAGCCACCUACCCCCACGGUGUUGUGAACUACCUGAGCUUGGAAGAAGCAAGGCAUCGCUAUGGAGGGGUGGUGAGCGUCCUCCCCAUCGUUAUAGACAGCAUGAGGGAAUGGAUCACCCACUCCAAGAGGAAAAAGAUUUCCAGAAAUUCCUGGCUGCAAAUCAACGUCCACAACAAAAAGCUCCCUGGAGGCCACCAGGCAAACACCCCUAUUAAAGGAUCAAAGCUCCAGCAUCAUCUGCUCACCACCUUUAAGCACCUGCUGAUUAAACACAGUGCAAUGAACACUAGAGAUCCAUGCUGAGCCCACUUUCUGCAGCCAGCCCGGGACACAUGCAUUCACUCUCCCUUGCUGGUAUUGCCACUCUGCUCCUCACAUCCCCACAGAAGCAGCUGCUGCUACAGCACUGCAGUGGGAGCAGGGAUCAGUCAGGACUCACCAGGUUCUAAUCUCUCAGACAUGAAUCUUGGACAAGUCAUUUGAAACAGGAUUUUACAUUUUCUCAGCCUUUUUUUCUGAGGAACAUCCCCUCCCUGCCACAACCAGGGGGUGAAGAAGCUGCCUGUCUGAGGGAUGGGCUGCAGAGCAGCAAAGGCCUGGCAUUACGGAUUCAGACACGUCUUUGACAUUUAGACUUGUCUCUAAAACUCCCCGACCCCCACAGAAAUAGUUUGGUUAGCUGGAGCACAGAAUCCCUGCUUACAGGACACUAAGGAGGUUUCCCAUACCUGCCACUGGCUACAGAGGCCAGUGUCCUUCAGCUGUGCUCUGCUGCAGCCUCCUGCAGCUCCUCACACCACAGAACAUCUCCCCUUACCCCUGUUGACUCCUGUGCUCUCAGAGCUGGAGAUGUAAAGGAGAGCAGAGUUCAUUUUGCCCUUAGUUGGUGUGUACUGACAACAGCCAAACAAAAUAUCCCUGUGCUCCUCAGACUUCCACAAAAUAAAAGCCAUUUCCAGUCCAUGUGAUC